GCAGGCCAUCCCACUUAACGACAUCAUAGGUGCUGCCUCGAGAGUCGAGACUGCCCUGUCAGCCCAAGUCGAACGAAGUGGUGUGUCGCAAAACCACCAUCAUCUCAGUCUCACCAAGUUCGAGUUGCGACGAGUUAAAUAUCCUCCGAAACCUCCGUCAUUUUCGCAGCGCUCUUCAUCCAAUAAUCCCAAGCAGGAAAAGCCAAAAACACACCACAAUAUCAGACACAUCACCACACCAUGACAAACUACAAGACCACCCCUCUCUUCGGCGGCGCCAUCGUCUGCGACCUCCCCGAACACUUCGCCGACGUCUCCCGUCUGCGCCAAGUCCCCGACCACCAAGAAGUCUACAUUGACAAAGACGGCUUCACCUCCAUCAUUGUCGAAAUCACCGAGCGCGUCGGCCCCGACGGCCCAACCUCGCUAGAAGAGGACGGUCGCGCGCUGACCACCCACCUCGAAGAGCUCGUGGGAGACGACGUCGACACCGUCAAGGUGUGGAACACGACCGAGACGCGAUUCAGCAAGCUUGAUCCCUCAAUCCCUGCCUACACCUUGAUCGCCACCCAAACCCCCAAACCAUCGGACGACUCCGAUUCCCGAAGGAGCAGCAGGCAAGCUCCCGAUUUCACGGCCCUCAUCCUCACGCUCGUCAGACUGGAGCGCGAGAAGACGGAUAUCCUCAUCACCAUCAACGUGCCGCACAUCAAGGGCGAGUACGACGAGGAAGACGUAGAUCUGGCGCUGGGCAAGCAGGGAGCGCUGCUGGGCAGGGCGGUGGAGUAUGCGGCCAAGAUUUGGGAGACUUUUGAGGUCAAGGAUUGGGGUUUGUUUAAGGAGCUUUAGGUUGAGUUGGGGAGUAGGAGGGGAUGUGGCUUAAGACAAGAUUGUAUGGAUGGAGGAUGGGGGGAAGAGAAGGAUAUUGGGUUUUUACUCCAAAGGAAAAUGGGAUUGGGUUGGAUUAAGAAGUAAAGCGCUUGGACAAAGGGAUACCUCGGGGGAAACGAAAUGGGGGAGGAGGAAAUUUAUCAGGGUAAAGGGAUACCAGGAGAAUGAAUCAAGAGGCGUUUGAUAUCAGGUCGGGUUGGCUAUGAUAGGAGGUGGAUAAGUGACGAUUCAAAUCAGCUCUUUAGCAGAGAAGGGUUCUCACGCAGAGCUACGAUAUCUUUGACGACAUAUUUCUUAUUUCUUCUAGAACAUUAUUGACACUUCACUUAGGUAGCGAACUGAAUGUCCUCUGAUGUAUUCGGGGGUAUCAAUAUUGUUUCAUGUUGAUACAAAUAACCUACUUGUACAAGCACGGUUAUGGACUACCAAGUAUUACCGAUGCCGUCUGCUCAAUCAUCCGCAGUCAAAUCAACCACGUCCAUCAUCGGCUCGUCGUCGAACACAUCCGGAAUAUCCUCGCCAUCGCCAUCUUCGUCAGCGGCAACCUCCUCUACAACUGUAGAAAGCUUCCCUUUCGUUUCCGCCAGCGGGGUUUCCUUCUUGUUGUUCUUCUCCCUCCUCGCCUUCUCAACCUUCCACCGUUCCGCAACCUCCUUCAUCACCUCCCCAAACGUCAGUCCAGGCUUCUGAGCUUUCACCACCUUCAUCUGCUCUUUGACAAAGACUUGAUACUCCGACGUCUUCCCCUUCUCCUUCAUCCCCAUUCCUUUUUGUGUCCCAACCCCAUCGACACCAGCCAUAUCAGAGACGUGACCACCACCUCCUCCUCCUCCUCCUCCUUGUUGCUGUUGUUGUCGUUGACCUUGACCCCUCGGCGCAGGCUUAACCUGCCUCAAAACUCCCUUGCACAACCCACACCGAUGUCUUUUGGGAUCAAUACUCUUUGAGUGGCGCUUAUAUUCUGUCCCACACCCUUCUUGCCCUUGUCCUUUUCCUCUCUCUUUUCCUUUUCCUUCAGCCUGACCACUAGUAGAAGAGGACUCAGAAAGAACCCCAUCACAUACCCACACAUACCUAAACUCAAUCUCGUACCCAUGUUUCGUCGUGACUUCGACCGCAUACCCGCCUUCCCAUUCCACACCACCAUCACCCUCUCCUCUUUGAUCUCGAAUAUUCAUCUUUCCGACACCACGAUUCCUCCCCCCACCACCAGCACCAAACUCCGACUCAUUAACCUUCUUCGCCCAAGCUUUGAACUCCGCCCCAUGCGGUCUCGCAGUCACCCCAUCAAUCAUGAACACCGCCAAAUGACAGAACUCGUGCGCAAGCGUAUUGAAUAGUCUCUCGGGCGUGGACAGGACCUUGGUAGCUAACUCGAUGGAGGCGUGGUGUUUCACCACCACUUCCUUCCCCCCUUCUUGCUUCGCACCCGAAAAAGAAGGGAGACGGGUAUUGGUGGUGAUACUCUCCUUCUUCCAAUUCGCCCUGCCAGCCGUGGUGUUGAGCGUCUUGCUCCAUACGAGCUUGAUGCCGCCUGUUGAGGCCGUAAGAGCCGAUAAGCGGGAGGAAGUCAGGCGGGCGUCGAGAAGGGAGAGAAAAGAUGUGGCGAGGGAGUGUUUGUGCGUGUCGAAAGCUUGCCGCGCAAGACGGGAUUCGCGGGCCAGGAGGGCGGUGGUGGAGGCUUUUGAAGGACUGGGAGGGGCCGCUGGUGGGUUCUUCUUCUUCUUCUUCUUGGGGGAGGUGAUGGAAGUACCCCCUCUAGUAGAGGUAGCGUCCGAGGCGGGGGGUUUGGUUGAUGGAAAGAGUGGUUCCUUCUUGGUGGGGGAGUGCGUGUCGUUCCAGUCGUCGACGAAUUCGCGAGACC